AUGUCGAAUAUGUUCUUGAAAUUCUUUCCUCGCUGCUUCACAGACCUUAAAUCAAUGGAUGAAUCAGUGGAUGGCUUUAAGAAGUUCAACCAACUUUGUGAACUCUCUUCUUCUUCUUCAUCUUCAACCUCCCACAAGUCCCUUUUGACACCCCCCACGACCGAGUACUCCGAAUCCGACUCGGCUCCAGAUUUCGCCACCGUAUUCGCUUCCCAGCGUUUUUUCUUCUCUUCGCCUGGAAGAUCCAACUCCAUCAUCGAGUCACCCGAUACGAGGACCGAACCCGAGACUAAAACACCGGCGGCGGCGGCAGUGGAUGGAGGCGUUGCGGUGAAGAAGUACUCGCCGGACCCGUACAAAGAUUUUCGAGUGUCGAUGCUAGAAAUGAUCGAAGCGAAGAACUUAACCGAUGUGAACCAGGACUGGGAGUUCUUGCAUGAACUACUCCUUUGUUACCUUACUUUAAACCCCAAAAACGCCCACAAGUUCAUCGUUAGUGCUUUCGCCGACAUUGUUGUUUGCUUAUUGUCGUCAUCACCAGAAUCCGAUACACCGGAAAACAACGGCCGGUGAUACUCUCUCUUUACCCUUCUUCGUUUUCCUAGUAAAAAUUGGCGGUUGUUUUUGUGUUUUGGAAUUUGGACUCUUCUUGCAUGGGGAUGUUGAUGUCUCGAGACACUGUAAUUUUGGCUGUUUUAUAGCUAAGCAUGCAAAG